AUGGUUGCACGCCUCGUCUCUGCUGCCUUCGCUUCUCUGGCUCUCUUCCUCGCUGUGGAGGCCCACUUCAUCGAUCCGUUCCCGAAUCCCCUUCACCGCCGAUUGACGGGCCAGACCGUCGCCUUCUCCUGUUACGGAGGUGGCGGCGACUGCCAGUGCCCGACUGACUUGAACGGGGACAGUGGUGUUCUAAUUAACAUCUACCCGGGGUACCAAUGCGCGUACACCGGUGGCGCGUGCACCUGGGAUGACAAGACUGGUGACUUGCAGAACAUCUACCAGACCAACUGCCCCACCUCGGCACCGUGCAGCACCACCAGCGGCUGCAGUUGCCCGACCGACCUCAACGGCGACGCCGGUGUCAUGAUCAACCAGUUCACUGGGUACCAGUGCGCAUACACUGGGGGCGCUUGCACCUGGGACUACCUGGGCAAUCUGCAGAACACCGCGCAGACCAACUGUCCCACCGACGCCCCGUGCUCCCAGCUUGGUUCAGCUUCUUGA